UCUGUUCAGGAAAAGGAUGGGAGCGGCAUGGCACAGGAUGCUUUCUAUCUUCAGUCACUUAUUACUAAUACAUUCCAUGAUGAAGGAUUUCAGAAAAUAAAAGAAUAUUUUCGACAGAGAGAGCGCCACGUUCCUCAAAAAUAUAAUAAUCUUUUGUUACACCAUCUUGACAGAUCAAUAAAUAAGGAGCUGGAUAAAAAUAAAUUUCAGUGUGCUUCACUCUUGCUGAAAUGUGUUCAGCGAUUCUUCAUUGAUGGCCUCAAAGAAGACGAGCCUUUGCUAAUUCAGCAGGGACUGAUCCCAAAGAUGGUUUCCUGGUUUGAAAGAACAACAGGAUUUCUGACCAUGACAGACCUAGCCUCGGACACAUAUCUGAUUAAUGUGACAGAAGACUUUUUUGACACAGCCUUGAUUAUUUCCAGAAGUAGUAGUAAAGGGAAAAGUCAGAUGUUGGGUUCCUUCAUACUUACCUUAGGAUUUCUGGUGACAGAAGAGAGUGUAAAUCAUUUGAUCCAGCAGGAGGCACUGAAGACCUUGAACUGCAUUUUGCAAGGUGUACCUCGGGAAGAGAGAAAACAACUUGUCUUGUCGGAAGGCUCGUGUCGUCUUAUGAAAGACCUUGCAAGGACAAUCUUGACUGUGGGUGAUUAUGACCAGCAGGUGGCUCUUUGUGAAGCAUUGUGUAGACUGACCAUGAAAAAAUCAAGGGAAAACUUUGUCCAUCAGUGGUUUGAAGAUGAUACCAUUGCUGAGGCUUUCAAAGAAAUUAAAGAUCGAGAAUUUGAGACGGAUUGUAGACGGUUUCUCAAUCACCUAAAUGACAGACUUGGUGACCAAAGAAGGGUCUAUUCAUUUCCAUGCAUUGCUGCUUUUGCUGAUGAGUUUGAGAUGAGAAAACCUGCAGAUGAAAAAUUAGAGAAAUUUUGGAUUGAUUUCAACCUAGGAACUCAGAGUGUAACUUUUUAUAUAAACAAUCCUGAGAGCGCUUUAUGGGACUCAGUAAGACUUUUGAAGGAAGCAGUGAUUAAUUUCAGCAUAAUAGAAACUGAGAUGAAGAUGCUCAAAAUUUACCUGAAGAAGCCUAUUAAUAUCAGAAACAAAGAAGUGAUGAAAAUAGAAGUUCAUUUUGAAUUGCAAUUCAACAUAGCACAAACUUCCAUUAAAGCUUUAGGAGAUGACAAACAGGUGAGGCCUGACCAGACGAAAAUCUCCUCAGACCUUCUUGGUGAGUUUGAGAAAGAAGACACUGAGAUUCCUAGCAGCCACGAAAGAGAGACAGACCAAGCAAAGGAAUCUACCGAGCUGGCAGAGUUAACCAGUGCUGAAGAUAACCAUUGCCUAACAACUCUCCCUUUAAAUAACCAGUCUGAGCCUACCUUUAAUUAUAGGAAACACCUCUUCUCGGAGAGUAAUGAAGAUUCAAGUACUAGUGCCAGUGAACUGUCUUGGACCAGUAACCAAAAAAGGAAAUCCCUAAAGUCAUAUCCUAGUAGAAAAAAGAUAAGAACCAGAAGUAACAUAAAAACCUUGCCACUUUUCCCCCUCAGUAGUGGCAGUGACCUUGAGAAAGAUGAAGCUAAAAUUCUAACACCAUUACGGAAAGAUACCUCCAGGCAAAAUAAUGUCACACCUCCAAAAAUUUCUGGAACGAAAUUUCAGAGUAGUUCUGCCUUUUUAACUCCUGAAGAUUCUGCCCAGAAGAUAGAACUUCAAAGUCCCCACCCACCGAGCGAUCUCUCUUCCUUGGAGCACUCAGAUGUUGAAGAAAAUGUAUCUGAGACUGUGACCCAAGAGUCAUUGGUGAAAAGUACUGGCUUCAAACAUAAACUGCAAAACUUGGAAGACAGAGACAGAGCAGAUGGUCAUCUCACUAAGUGGAAACAGUCGCGACUGGAAGAAGGUGAUGCUCCAGGAUGCCUUUCCUCAGUGGCAGAAGAAACAGACUCGGCAGAAGGCAUUUCUACCUCAUCCUUAAAAGUUAUUCCAGAGAACUUGAAAGGUUCUUCAAUGAUCACCACCUUUGAAAACUUCACUAGAGAACUGAAAAGAAAAUACGAGCUUAGGUACAGAAGGAGCCCACUUUAUUCAGAAACUGCAAAGCAAGCACCAGAUUGCCUAAUAAAACUUUUAAACCAGAUACAUCUGUGCAGACUGAAUAAACUAGAACAGUUUCACACUUUUGUUCUUCAAGAGCUGAGCAAUCUUGAGAAGGAUAUUGGGGGUCUGCAACGCCUUGAGGAGGAUGUUCUGGAAUUUUGGGGGAAACAGUCUGAUGAUCUGAAAUCAUUCUGUGAACUGCAGCUGCUGAGACUUCAAGCUCCAACAUCGGACCUGACGACAACAGCCUUGCAGAGGCUGCUUAAUCACUCGCACAGCUGUGGUGUGCCCACUGGACAAGAGCUCUUUGAGCAGAGACCUUGUCUGAUCUCUUCACCAUUUUAUUCCAAACCCUAG